UAAGGUCCCAAAUGCAAGCUAUCUAGCUCUAGCGCCCGCCGAUCGAUCAGCUAGCGAUGGCAAGACCCACUGCAGCUGCCGCCUUAGCCGCCUGCGCCGCUGUCUUGCUCUUGUUUGCUGGACAAAGCGUAGCCAUCUUGUUCCCAUUCGGAGCCUUCUUUCCUGUAGAUUAUGUGCCACCAACAGUGAGGAUAUUCAUCAGUGACAAGCUCUCGCUGAACGUGGCCGUCUACGACCACGGGGACAACACACAGAUAUGGUGGAAGAUCCCUCCUCUGCCGAGCCUUAUAGACGGAGAGGGUGACAAGUACUGGCUGGUGAACGUGGCCACGAGACAGGCCAUGACGAGCCCAACAGGAAACGGUCAGCAGGUGCAACUGGCAGAGUUCAACCCGUUCGAUAGCAAGGGCUUGCAGCUGUGGGUGCCGAGCCCACCCCGUCCUCAAGACGCCGGCUUCUACCAGAUACAACCAAACACAGACGAUGAUUCGGCCCUCGCCGGAUUAUUCGACGGCGGCGACGACGUCGUACACGACGGGAUGGAAAUCGGGAUCAAUUCUUCAACACCAGUAACUUCAAACAACUUGUGGAUGACACUCAAUGUCAUCCCCUACCCGUCCUGAAGGGGACUCGCUGAACAUCAAGGGGCCUCGCUCGCUGUUCUUGCUCCUGAAUGAUCAAGAUUAAGGGAACCUCCUUUUCAAAAUAUGAUGCUUUCUAGCUUGUGUCCACCUUAUAUGUCUUCGCCAUAGUAAUACUCUCUCCGUCCCUUUAAAAAUGUUCAUUUUGAACUUGAUUUAAGAUAUCAAGAAGUGAUUAAUCAGAGUCUAUUUUCUUAUGUUUGCCCUUAUCAAAUAA